AUGGUGACGAUGCGCAGGCCGUGGCCCGCUGUGGCCGCAGUGCUGCUGGCCCUGCUCGCCUGUCUGGGGGCACUGGUCGACGCCUACCCCUCCAAACCCGAGGCUCCGGGAGAAGACGCCUCCCCUGAGGAGCUGAACCGCUACUACGCCUCCCUGCGCCACUACCUCAACCUAGUUACCCGGCAGAGGUAUGGGAAACGCGACGGCUCGGAAACGCUCUUCUCCAAAUUGCUGUUCCCAGACGGCGAGGAUCGUCCCGUCAGGUCUCGGUAA